GAAAUUAUCUUCUAACAAAAAUAUUUAGGUUUUCAGAGUGAAACUUGAACUGAAACGCAGGGAUUAUCCGAAACGGCUGGCUUGGACCGCAACGGCAACGAUUUUCAUGGCAAAGAAUACUAACAAGUGAACGAGAAAUUAUUCCUUCGUCCAGAUCCAUUGUGGACCCAUCCAACCGAUCCAAACAGAAACCAGCACGUAUAAUAAUAAUUUUUUUUUCUUUUUACGUGUAAUAGUAAUAAGCGCUAGGAUGAAUUUAUCAAGGAUUUACGGUGGAUCUGGUACUCCACUCCCUUGCCUCCAAACCUCUAUAAUAAAAGGCAGCCUUAAUCCAAGAAAGAGCUGGUUUCAAAGUGAUUUGAAGAAAUUUCUGCUAUCAUCAUUCGUCCUUCUUCCAAAGAAAAAUGUCUUGCUGUGGAGGGAACUGCGGGUGUGGAUCUGACUGCAAAUGCGGCAGCGGAUGUGCAGGAUGCAAGAUGUAUCCUGACAUGGCUGAGGAGACGAACACCACCACUCAAACCGUGAUCACAGGUGUUGCACCUCCAAAGGGGCGCUUUGAAGGUUCUGACGUGGCUGCUAUAUCAGAGAACGGAGGCUGCAAGUGUGCACCCAACUGCACCUGCAACCCCUGUAACUGUAAAUGAGGUAAAUUUUAAGAGAAGAGACAGAGAGAGAGAAAGUCCUGUUGUCGUUUCAAUGUCUGUCAUUUGUUUCUGGGAGUCCUUGUGUUGGAAAUAAAAGAGGCCAUGGCUUCUAUCCACCCUCUGUUGUUAGGGUAGUUCACAUGGCCGGGAAAGUGAAGUUCCCUCUCUCUUCUCCUUGUUCUGGUUGUUGCACUGUUGGUCUCUCUCUGUUGUCUGUGUUUUGUAGCUACUAUGCUUGCUAUCAGAUUGAGAGCAAAGCCUCCCACCUCUGUUGUUAACAUGGGCAUUAUGGCUAUUGAUCUUUCUUGUUUUGCUUGAUAUGAAGGGCAUCAUAAUAUUAUA